AUUCCGCAACUUCUCACUGCCCGGCUCAGCAUAGCUCUGGCUAGUGUUGAGGCAAGGACUGGCCCUGGGCAUGAGUGCAGUUGGACUUCCGACGCUCUGCAGAACCUAGGACCCAGGACCUGUGGCCAAGAUCUUAGGCAGUUCCAGGAGCACCAUGCCUCAGGCGAUCGAGGCCCAGCUAACCAUCCAGACAACUGUCCAGGGAGACCCGGCGGCCAGCAAGGCGGCUGCAUCAGCUGCGAGCACUGAGGCACAGUAGCCCGCCGAGUGAGUGCGUAGUCAGGCUCUAUCCAGGGCUUCCCGGCCCAAGACUCAACUCCAACCAAAAUAAAUUGAGCAGGGAACAGAAAGCCUCCAUCUGAGUGCCAUGCCAGCAGUGAAAAAGGAGCUCCAGGGCCGCGAGGACCUGGCCCUGGCCCUGGCUACCUUCCACCCGACCCUAGCCGCACUGCCGCUGCCACCACUGCCCGCCUACUUGGCGCCACUGCCCGCUGCAGCAGCCCUGCCCCCGGCCGCCUCGCUGCCCGCCUCAGCUUUGGGCUACGAGGCGCUGCUGGCUCCUUCACUCCGCCCCCCGCGCGCUUACCUUAACCUGCACGAGGCCGCGCCUCGCCUCUACUUGGCCGGAGACCCGCUGGCCUUAGAGCGCUUCUCAGCUACUGCAGCCGCAGCACCGGAUUUCCAGCCACUACUAGACAACGGUGAGCCGUGUAUCGAGGUGGAGUGCGGCGCCAACCGCGCACUGCUCUACGUACGCAAACUCUGCCAGGGCAGCAAGGGCCCUUCUAUCCGCCACCGGGGCGAGUGGCUCACACCGAACGAGUUCCAGUUCGUCAGCGGCCGCGAGACGGCCAAGGACUGGAAGCGCAGCAUCCGCCACAAAGGGAAAAGUCUGAAGACGCUUAUGUCCAAGGGGAUCCUGCAAGUGCACCCCCCGAUCUGCGAUUGUCCAGGCUGUAGAAUAUCCUCGCCCGUGAACCGGGGACGGCUGGCUGACAAGAGAACAGUCACUUUGCCCCCUACACAUGCCCUAAAGAAAGAAAGAACCACCAGUUUCUCAGCCAGUGAUGGUGACAGUGAUGGAACUGGCCCAGCCUGUAGGCAGCAGCCAGGCCUGAAGCAGGAGGAUGAUCCACAUGUCCAUAUCAUGAAGAGAAGAGUCCACACCCACUGGGAUGUGAAUAUUUCCUUCAGAGAAACAUCCUGCAGCCAGGACAACGACCUCCCCACCCUUAUAUCCAGCGUACAUCGAAGCCACCACCUCGUUAUGCCUGAGCAUCCAAGCCACUGUGACUUCCAGAGAGGCAACGUGGAGAUUGGCCUUGGACCUGCAGGUGACCUGUUGGGCAAGAGACUGGGCUGCUCCUCCUACAUUACCAGUGACUGCUCUUCAGAGAAGAAGGUCCGAAGCAAGUCCCCCCAAGAGACUCUGCUGCUGCCAGAGCUGGAGUCUACAAUGGCUCCUGAGGACCACUAUCAUCGGCUCAUGUCAGCCUUAAGUGAGGCUGGCCCUUUUGAGGAAACUCAACGUCUCUACCAACUGGGUAUCCCCAGCCAUGAUCUGAUAAGGGUCCGGCAAGAAGUGGCAGCUGCAACUUUGAGGAGUCCAAGCAGCUUGGAAGUACACCUGCCCUCAUCUACAGCAGGUCGACGGAGGCAAGGCUUAUUUCAGCACCGGGAGGGAACAGUUCCAGCUGCUACCCCAUCCUUCUCUGAAAGGGAGCUGUCACAGCCACCGCCUUUGCUGUCACCCCAGAAUGCCCCCCACAUCGCCCUGGGCUCCCAUCUCCGACCUCCGUUUUUUGGGGUGCCCACAGCUCUCUGUCAGACCCCAGGCUACAGCUUCCUGCCCGCUGCCCAGGCUGAGAUGUUAGCUCGGCAGCAGGAGCUUCUACGGAAGCAGAGCUUAGCUCGGCUGGAGAUGUCGGAGUUGCUUAGGCAGAAAGAACUGAGCAGCACUCACCGCCCACAGCUACUGGCACCAGAGGUGGCCUUGCGUAUCCCUGAGGGCCCAGAUGAGCUCCAGCGACGCGGCUCCAUGCUGGUUUUGAAACACAGCUCAGCACCACUACUGGCACUGCCACCCCAGGGACCCCCAGGCCCAGGACCCCCUAUCCCACCCAAGGAGUCUGCCCGAAGCCGGCCCCAAAAGGGGAGUCCUGGUGCUGCCUCAGGCCGGCCAAGCGAAUCUAAGGAGAUGACAGGAACUGGCCUCUGGGCUCAAGAGGUCUCUGAGGAACCAUCCAAGGACUCAGAUGGAGAGGACCCUGAGAUAGCAGCUGUGAGGGGCGGGGCCUCCACUCACAGCCAAGCCCCAGCAGGAGGGACCAGAGCAGAAGGAAAGGGGCCUCUCUCAGUGUCAUCAAUGCCCCCUCCACUGCCCCUGGGAUUCCCCUGUGGGGCAGUCAGCCCCUACUUCCACAAAGGCACCAUGGGGGGACUCUUCACUGAUGAAACCACAGCCCCUGAGGAUGUCAACAAAUGGACUGUAGAUGAUGUCUGCAACUUCGUGGGGGGCCUGUCUGGCUGUGGCGAGUAUGCCAGGGUAUUCAGAGAACAAGGAAUAGAUGGAGAGACUUUGCCUCUACUUACAGAAGAGCACCUUCUGAAUACUAUGGGACUGAAGCUAGGGCCUGCCCUCAAGAUCAGAGCACAAGUGGCCAAGCGCCUGGGCCGUGUCUUCUAUAUGGCCAGCUUCCCUGUGGCCCUGCCACUGCAGCCACCAAGCCUGCAAGCCCCUGAGCUCAGCCCAGGACAGCAACUCCUGUCCCCUGCAACCACCACCUCCCCAUAUGAGGGGGCCCACCUGCCCACAGGCCGAGCCUCACCCAAGCAGGAGAAUGGGUCAGGGACCAUAGCUCUGCUCCCAGGAGCCUCAGAUCCUUCCCAGCUUCUCUAAUGAUCUAGCAGGCAACAUCAUACUCCCCAAUACCCAUGAAAUUGCCCAUAUCCCAGGGUAUUUUUCCUUUUGGUUUUAGAUGCAAAAAACACCAAGAAUAUUUAAAAAGGAAAGCAUGUGGCUUAAGAGGAAAGUAAUGAAUUUACAAAAAACGUUUUAGGGGUAACCGCAGAGGUCUGCAGACAAACCAAAGACAGACAAAGUGGAGAGGCUGUGGAGCCACCCUCCCCACUCUGAACUGGGACUACUCUGUAGGUCAGGGUUAGCCUCCUGCUGGGGCAACAGAAGGCUAUGCAGAACCAGCUCCCUUUCAGGGCAAAAUGGCUCUUAGUAUACUUGUUCUGUUGUGCUGUAACAAUAAAGCCCUGUCUACUGCCCUCUUGCUGCACGUUGUUGGCCUCGAGCCUCCAAGACCUGUAAGGAGACCCUCAGUCCUCUUCUGAGAGCUGAAGAUCCUCCAGCUCAUCCUGUGGCCCCUGAGCCAGCUGCCACAGUUCACUUGGGUCCACCCCUGUGUCUGGGUCUCCAUCUACAGAGAAAAAAGAAGAUACAUAAAUUCUGCUAUAUCAUGAAGAAGCUAGCCUUAGCAGUUAUUCAUCACUAGUUAAUCACAGCAUUAAUUAAAUUUAUCAAUGUGCUAUA